CUCGCUCAGACAGCCACACUCCAGGAGAGAGGAGCUGGAAAGCCUGAAGCCAGCUGUGGGGAACUCUGGAGGCCAUCUUAGCCCUGCUUAGAAGAGAGCUGCCAUGUGCACAGGGAAGUGUUCAAAGUGCAUUGGGAUCACCCUCCUCCCACUGGCCGUAUGUGCCAUUGUCUCCAACAUUCUCCUGUACUUCCCCAAUGGACAAGUACUGCAGCUCAGCGAGAUAACUGAUUUGGUCUGGUUUUUCCACGGCAUUCUGGGAGCUGGGAUACUGGUUAUUUUGCCGGCAUUCAUGAUGCUGGAAGCAGGUGGAGCAGGAUGUUGCGCUAACAGAUGUGGGAUGCUGCUGUCAGUGAUCCUGUCUGUGUUGGGAUUCGCAGGAGGAGCAUAUUGUGUGGUCAUCUCUUUGUUGGGUCUGAUUGGGGGUCCUCUGUGUGACACAGGUGAUGGAGAAUACCUCUACCCUUUCAGGAAUGACACUCUGGAAGACAAUUAUUUGUUUAACCAGACAACAUGGAGUAUUUGCAAGCAACCUGAAAACAUCAUCCUUUGGAAUAUUGUCCUUUUCUCUAUUCUCCUGAUCAUCGGUGUGAUUGAAGCUAUUCUUUGCUUCAUUCAAGUCAUCAAUGGACUCACUGGCUUCAUAUGUGGCACAUGUAUGAGGAGAAGAAAGACAAAUAUUUCUGGAAUGUGAAUGACCUACAAGGAAUGCCAAGACAAGCCCCAAAAUGCUGAUUCACAUACAAUAAGGAUAGUGCACUGUGCUGUUUUAUUUAUGGGGGGACAACAAAAAAAAAAAAAAAAAAAAAACCAAAAACCAAAAAAAAACAAAAAAAAAACCAAAAACAAAAACAAUGUUCAGGUGUUUCAAUAAUUUUUUUAUAAAGAAGUCAGGGCAGAAAAGGGCUAGAUCAUUUCAAUCUGAGACUCCACUUUUUCAUCUCUCUAAAGAUACCUGCUAAACCUCAGGUACUGGCAAAAACAUUAAUCUGUCUGGCCCUUACUGCUGUACUUGUGUAUAAAGCACAACAGUCCUCAGAUAAAAGACCACCACUUGCCCUCUCAUGUAUGUGGGAAGUGGAGAUUGUUAAUUUAUCAGCUGCAUGAAGCAGAUGCUCUCUGGCAGAUGUAAAUAAUAUCCCAUCCUCCCCAAAUCUCACCAUGAGCUCAUCUGUCUGUUCCUAUUAAUUUUCGAAUGGGGCACUCACAGAUUUGAAUGAGGAUGAGCAGAAAAUACAUCGAGCAGUGUUUGAGACACUGCAGAGGGAACUGAAGAACAUGGUUUUCAGCUCUUUCUGCCAUCCUGGAGCCAGAUCCCCUUGCCAAAGCCCAGGACACUUCUAAAUUAGUUUUUCAGGAGCAUCUGAGAGUUGUGGCAGCCUUAGAGGAGCAUUUGGGUCAACACAGAUGGUAGGGUUUGUAGCAAGAGUUUAGAAAUGUCUGGUUUAACAAAAGGGUGAAGAACCUCACCACCAAUUAUGCCUUCAUGAAACUGCCAAGAAUUUUCCUAACUUCCACACAGAUCUAUAGGGCUGUUCUAGAAUAGAGCACAUGGAUCAAGGAAUUACCUCACCAAAGACAAAUGUAGUAAUUAUGUACAGCUUAGUAAUAAAUAGAAGAUACAAUCGGAAGGCAGCAAAUUGCAUCAGCAUUAGUUUUUUAGCAACAGUAAUACCAACCAGGAACUCCAUAAUUCCCCAUCAUCACUCAAGAGGAAGCUCUUAAUCUUGAGCUAAUGUCCAUGACUGGGAAAUUUCAGAAAACUCAUCAUUUCAAUGACUUCCUCAAAGGUUAAUUCUUGGACAUGAACUGUCUUUUGUCAGCCAAACUGUGAAAGAAUACUAACCCAGCCUGAAUGCAUGCAGCCAGCUAUGAAAACCUGAAUAUAUUUAAAGCACUUGGAGCCCAUUUUUCCUGAUUUAUGUUUUCUCAGAGUUGUUCAUAUUUCCGCACUGUAGCGUGGGAGCAAGCUCUUUAAAUACACUUAUUGCAGACAUAUGUGGCUGCUUGUGCUGUCCUUUAAUGCAACAUGCAAAAUGCUUCACAUUCUCCUUUAUAUAAAAUGGAGACAAAAAGGCCAGUUGCCUAGAUGAGGAGCAUAUGCACCUUGAAGCAUAGUUUCACCCCUAGAAGGAGGAAAUUUAACCUAUAAAAUUUAAAUGCAACUUCUGUAAAGAAGAAAGUGUAAGACUUGUUGAAGUGUGCAGUUCAUCACUAGGUGCAUCCAAACUAGCCAAGUGGCUUAAAAAGCUCAUGUUCUUUGCCAGCAUGGACGGUGCAACCACAUACAGCAGACAGCAAACCAGGAAAAGAAUUAAAGAGGCAGUGGGAAAGAAGGAUAUUUGCAUGUAGUCAGGUGGAGAGAGACUCUUUCAUCAGCACAGGGGCUUUAUGAACUCUUCACAGUCCCUAAAUACCCACCCUUCCUCAUCCCUUAGUUUCGACUCCCUGACUCUCACCUCUGGGAUAAAGCCAACUUUGGCUGUGCUAGCACCAGGAGAGGAAGAGAUACCCACUGGCACACCUCCCACACAGAAAAAUAAGUGCACUGUGCUGCUGCCAUCUGCUUGUUCCAGGCUGUCCUGCCCUGAGGAUGUCUGUGUGCUCCUGGGAACACCCUCUGUCCUGCCAAUCGUGUGACCACUGGCCUCACUGAUAUAUGUAAAUAUUAAAUAUUGCUAUUCUGAACUUAUUUCCUGACUUGAUUUGUGUGGUCUGAAGGACUUAUGAGCUCAAAUUACCUCCAAUGGGAAGAUAAAUGGAAUAACAGAGAAAGCAGAGUUAAAUCAUUUGACUUGAGUCACCAUGAAGAAGUCUCUUCUAGGGUAGGCAUCAAGAUACACAGGCAUUGGCUGGGAGAGGCAAUCUUCCCCCAGCCCACACUGAAAGAGAUGCAGAAGGCAAGUGGGAGGCAUUGCCUUUCUGAGCAAGGUUUGGUUGUCCACCAUGGACAGGAACAUCUGGUGCCAUUUGAAGAACCCAGUCACAGAUGUCCAGAGAUACAAGAGUCUUAUCUGGAGCUAACAACAUGGAGAUGUGGCUGACCAAAGCAAACAGCUGUCCCUUGCAAACACAAGGAUGCUAAAAAUUCAUUUAGUGAAAAUACAUAAAAGUGACUAAAAUUAGAUUAAAUUAUUUCAGCUCAUGCUUUUUUGGAUCCCCCAAAUCACCUUUUACAUGAGUCAAAGCCUGUGCUCUCAGAAGUGACACCAGAGCCUUCUCCAGGAGCCAGCCAGCACAUUGCAACAGGGGCAGCUCCUCAUGCCGAGCACUGCAGGGAGACCUGAGAACCCAAGCUCUUCUGGUGGGCAAGGCUUCAAAAGAAAAUGUCUGCAUAAUACUAAAUAUAAUAAAAACUUUGAUUUGAACAGAGA